CCUUUAGGAAUGAGGCGAUGAAAUUUAGUGCCAGGCCCCGUCUUCCGCUCUAAAACAUACAACCGGAAGCGCGCGCGGAACUCGUCAAGAGCUUUUCGCUAUCCGCUGGCAGCUGUCCCCAGAAGAAGAAAAUAUUCUCACCAAUCUCGCAUCCACAGGAUGAUUCCCAUACCAUCAUUGAAUUCUGUCGUUGUUGCGGUUGGUUUGGGUGCAGCGAUUCUUUCUGCAACAUACUUCAAGGCACCACAGCUAAGCAUUUCAUUAAUAGCUGGUCUUGGUGCAACAGCAUUGGUCCUCAAAUACAACCAGAAGAAUGGAAAAGUGAAGUUCUAUCGCCUACAUAACACCUCUAACCUUGUAGACCCAACCGCAGAUUUACUACUUCUGCAAUGGCCAAACAAUUAUGGUGAUCCUCAUUUUGAUGGCAAUGUGAAAGCAAGCCUUCUAAAGUCAAGUGCCAAUCUCCCCUGCCAUUUGAUUGCAGUCACAGAUGGUCUAAUUAGAAAGGAAGUAGUUGCACAUUGUGCAAUUCCUGUCAAACCAAGAGGUAUCCCUCACAGCUACAAGAAAUUUGCAAAGAUGAUCAAAGUGGGAGUCCCAAUAGAGUCUGCGAAGAAAGCUGCAAAGCUUGCUGGCCUUGACCCAGACAUGCUAGAUGACUUUCCUUUCCUUUUGAAACAGAAAGAAGAACCCAAGCAUUCUCCUAAAGAAGGAGUGAUAUCAUUUUUGAUUGUCAAGCCAGAAUACAGAGGGAAUGGGCUUGGCAAAGGAAUCUGUGCUUUUGCUAUGGAAACAGCUAAAGAGCUAGGAAUAGAAAAGCUAACAAUUUUUAGUUGUCCCCAAGAUGUUGUCCCAUUUUUUGAGAAAAUGGGAUUUGUUAAAGUAGAAGCAGACAAAAGACCAAAAGGUGUUCCCAAAGUGCGCUUGCACAAUGAAAUGGAGGUAGAGUUGACUGAGAGAGUAAUGCUAAAUGCAAAAGAGUAUAUCAGGAAAGUUAUGUCAUAACAUCCUCCGCAUCUCAGGGCUGCCUCAAAAUAUUGUGGGGGAGGCACUAAACAAAAACAUUAAGAAACUUGGGACAGGGGACAUGUCUUCUCUUAGAGGUCAUUUCCUUAACGAUUUAAAAAAAAAUUGUAGAAUGGUACAGGCUCACAAAAGCAGCUCAGCGGCGUAGCCAGGAUUUUUAACAGGAGGGGACCCAAAAGGCCCUUACAAGGCAUUUUCUCCUGUAUUUUAGAUAAUGUCUUAUACAUUUACUGUAUUUUUGGCUGGUAGAAGGGGGGGGGGGCAGCCCCCUUGACCAACCCCCUGGCUACACCCCUGCAGCUGGUUAGUUAUUAAUUGCGUCUAACAAAAUGUAGGUAGAAACAUUAUAAUCAGACAACUGUAUAUCCAAUAUAUAAUGUAAAAUUACUUUAAUGUUUAAGAUUAAUAUAUGUGAAUGAAACAACAAAGAAAUUGUCAUAAAUUAA